AUUUGCCUUACAACGGAGGUUUCCUUUCAAGGUGCUAAGGCUAGGUUGACUCUCGGAACUGUAGGUGUCUGAUACCAAUGGCUGUUACCACCAGGCUCUAUGGCCGGGACUGUUUGCAUUUUCUAGGCUCCCUCUCACUCAAGAAAGCGUCAUCAAGAAAGAGCAGGGUAUGGAAGCCCAGUUGCUAACUGCCCAGUCCAGGACACAGGUGACCUUCAAAGAUGUGCUUGUGGACUUCACCAAGGAGGAGUGGAAGCUCCUGAACACUGCUCAGCAGAUCAUGUACAAACAUGUGAUGCUCGAGAACUAUAAGAACCUCAUUUCCUUGGGGCAUCAGUUUCCCAAACCAGAUGUGAUUCUUCGGUUGGAGAAGGGUGAAGAGCCCUGGCUGAUGGAGAUUCACCAGGAGACCUUUCCAGAUUCAGAGACUGCAGUUGAAAUUAAAUCAGCAAUAUUCAAUAAGAACAUCUUUGAAGAUAAACAAUCCUAUAACAUUAAAGUGGAAGGAAUGGCAAGGAAUGACCUCUGGUAUUUAUCAUUAGAAGAAGUCUGGAAAUGUGAAGACCAGUUGGACAAGUACGAGGAAAACCAGGAGAAGCAUUUGAGGCAAGUAGCCUUCAUGCAAAAGACAGUUCUUACUCCAGAGAGAGUCUGUGAAAAUGGCAAAUAUGGGGGAAAUGGUCUUCUCCCUGCACAGCUAGCACUGAGAGAGUAUUUCCAUAAACAUGACUCACAUAAUAAAAGUUUAAAACACAAUUUAGUUUUUACUGGCCAUCAGGAAAGCUAUGCAGAUGACAAUAAUGAAUGUGGUCAAACGUUAUGUCAAAACAUUCACCUUAUUCAGUUUUCAAGAACUCAGACGGGAGGUAAACCCUACAAAUGCCCUGAUACUGAUGACUCUCUUACUCAUGGUACUUCCCUUGGUAUAUCGAAGGACAUGCAUAGAGAGAAACCUUAUGAAUGUAAAGAAUGUGGAAAAUCCUUCAGUUGGCGCUCUAAUCUUACCAGGCACCAGCUUAUUCAUACUGGAGAGAAACCCUACGAAUGUAAAGAAUGUGGAAAAUCCUUCAGCCGGAGUUCUCACCUCAUUGGACACCAAAAGACUCAUACUGGUGAGGAACCCUAUGAAUGUAAAGAAUGUGGAAAAUGCUUCAGCUGGUUCUCUCACCUUGUUACACAUCAGAGAACUCACACAGGAGACAAACUGUAUACAUGUAAUCAGUGUGGGAAAGCUUUUGUUCAUAGCUCCAGGCUUAUUAGGCAUCAGAGAACCCACACUGGAGAGAAACCCUAUGAGUGUCCUGAAUGUGGAAAAUCUUUUAGACAGAGCACACACCUCAUUCUGCACCAGAGAACACAUGUUAGGGUGAGGCCCUAUGAAUGUAAUGAAUGUGGUAAGUCUUACAGUCAGAGAUCCCAUCUUGUUGUGCAUCAUAGAACUCACACUGGACUGAAACCCUUUGAGUGCAAAGAUUGUGGGAAAUGCUUUAGUCGAAGCUCUCACCUUUUUUCACAUCAGAGAACCCAUACUGGAGAAAAACCCUAUGAAUGUCAUGAUUGUGGUAAAUCCUUCAGCCAGAGCUCUGCCCUUAUUGUGCACCAGAGAAUCCAUACUGGAGAGAAACCAUAUGAAUGCUGUCAGUGUGGGAAAGCCUUCAUCCGGAAGAAUGACCUUAUUAAGCAUCAAAGAAUUCAUAUUGGAGAAGAGACCUUUAAAUGUAAUCAGUGUGGGAUUAUCUUUAGCCACAACUCUCCAUUUAUAGUACAUCAGAUAGCUCACACUGGAGAGAAAUUCCUAACCUGUAAUCAGUGUGGGACAGCUCUUGUUAACAGUUCUAACGUUAUCAGGUACCAGACAAGUCCUAUCGGAUCACUCGCUCCAGAGGCUUCUGGGAGUUGUAGUUUCUUCCGUCCUCCGGUCGCUGUGACGCAUUUCCCGUGCGUCCAUACUGGCGCCAUUGCUGUGUGCCCGCUGGAUGCGGCUUAUCGUAUCUUCGGCGUCCAUCACCUGUGGCGUUCCCCGGGUCUGGGGUGGACCUCCCUCGUCUGGCCAGAGGGCCGUCUGCCCAAGGGCCCCGGGCGGGCGCCGCAGAGUCAGGAGCGGAGACGCAGACAAUCUGCCUUCGGGUUUUACCAUUCCCAGACGGGACAGGCGAAACCGACAGUGGGAAUGGCCACCAGGAUCCGGACAGCUUCAGUCUGGGUCCCACCUCUCCUGGAACGAAACAGCCCGUGUGACAUAAGGCUCAGAAAGCUCCCAGGCCAGGAACCCAUUCUGGGUGAAGGGACCCCUGACCAGAGAUCUCUUCAUGGGGUACCUGAGUGGAACCAGAAGAGCCACAAAACAGGGCAGGUCCUAAAGUGGCUGUUGAUUUACCAAGAGCAGUCAGAAACAAGCACGUCUUGGGGGCCAUUGUCAUUCAAAGAUGUGUAUGUGGAUUUUACUUGGGAGGAGUGGCGGCUCCUGGACCCUGCUCAGAAGAGCCUGUACAGGACCGUGAUGUUGGAGAACUAUAGCAACCUGGUGUCCCUGGGGUAUCAACAUACCAAACCUGAUAUAAUCUUCAAGUUGGAACAAGGAGAAGAGCUGAGGAUGAUAAAGGCCCGAAUCCCAAAUCAGAGCUGUCCAGAAAAAGUCCAGGAAAUUGAUCAUAAUACGGAAUGGCAACAGGAAAAUCAAGGCAAACUGGGAAGUAUGGCAAAAGAUUAUGAAUAUACAUUUGAAAAACUUUAUCUCGGUACAAAUUAUGUGUCUUUAAGAAAAAAAAUUCAUAAGCAUGACACACAUGGAAAGAAUUUGAAGUAUAAUAUCGGAUUAACUAGUAACUAUGCUGGAACGAAUCCUAAUGGGUUUUGUGUACAUAAAGAAUCAUUCCUCCAACCUAAACGUGAGGAAACUCUCGUUGGAAUGAAAUACUGUGAAAGUAAUGAAUCUGGAAAAGCGAUUAACAAGAAGCCACAACUCAUAUGCCAGCAAAUGUGUAUGACAGAGAAGCCCUUUGAAUGCAGUUACUGUGGGAUAGCCUUCAGCUGCAAGUCAAACCUUGCAGUGCAUCAGCGCACUCAUUCAGGAGAGCAAUCCUACAAAUGUAAUGAACGCAGGAAUGAGUUUAGCAGCAAGUUAUAUUUCGUUGCACAUCAGCGAACUCAUUCUGGAGAGAAACUUCAUGAAUGCAGUGAAUGUGGGAAAGCUUUCAGUUUCAAUUCACAACUUGUUACACAUCAGAGAAUUCACACAAAUGAGAAUCCCUGUGAAUGCUGUGAAGGUGGGAAAGUUUUCAGCAGAAAAGAUCACCUCAUUUCACUCCAGAGAACUCAUUUGGGGCAGAAAUCAUAUGGAUGCAAUGAAUGUGGGAAAUCUUUUGGUUUGAAGUCACAGCUCAUUAUUCAUCAAAGAAUUCAUACAGGAGAGAAACCCUAUGAAUGCUGUGAAUGUCAGAAAGCCUUUAAUACAAAGUCAAACUUUAUGGUACAUCAGAGGACCCACACAGGAGAGAAACCCUAUGGUUGUGGUGAAUGUGGGAAAGCCUUUACUUUCAAGUCACAGCUCAUCAUUCAUCAGGGAGUUCACACUGGAGUAAAACCCUAUGCAUGCAUUCAGUGUGGGAAGGCCUUCGGUUUGAAGUCACAGCUCGUUGCACAUCAGAGAAGUCACACAGAAAUGAAACCUUAUGUAUGCAGGGAAUGUGUAAAAGCCUUCGGGAGCAAGUCAUACCUCAUAAUACAUAUGAGGACUCAUACAGGAGAGAAACCUCACGAAUGUAAGGAAUGCGGGAAAGCCUUCAGUUUCAAGUCACAGCUCAUUGUGCAUCAGAGAAUUCACACAGGAGAAAACCCCUAUGAAUGCCAUGAAUGUGGGAAAGCCUUCAGUCGGAAAUACCAGCUCAUUUCACACCAGAGAACUCAUGCGGGGGAGAAACCCUACGAAUGCAGUGACUGUGGGAAAGCUUUUGGUUUGAAGUCACAACUCAUUAUACAUCUGAGAACUCAUACAGGAGAAAAACCCUUUGAGUGCAGCGAAUGUCGAAAAGCCUUUAAUACAAAGUCAAACCUUAUUGUACACCAGAGAACUCAUACGGGAGAGAAGCCCUAUGGUUGUGGUGAAUGUGGGAAAGCCUUUACUUUUAAGUCACAGCUCAUUGUACAUCAGGGAGCUCACACUGGAGUAAAACCCUAUGCGUGCAUUCAGUGCGGGAAAGCAUUCAGUUUGAAGUCACAGCUCAUUGUACAUCAGAGAAGUCACACAGGAGUGAAACCUUAUGGAUGCAGUGAUUGUGGAAAAGCUUUCAGGAGCAAGUCAUACCUCAUUAUACAUAUGAGGACUCAUACAGGAGAGAAACCUCAUGAAUGCAGUGAAUGCGGAAAGUCAUUCAGUUUCAAUUCACAGCUCAUUGUGCAUCAGAGAAUUCAUACGGGAGAGAAUCCAUAUGAAUGUAGCGAAUGUGGGAAAGGCUUUAAUAGGAAAGAUCAGCUUAUUUCACAUCAGAGAACUCAUGCCGGGGAGAAACCUUAUGAAUGCAGUGAUUGUGGGAAAGCCUUUAGUAGCAAGUCAUAUCUAAUAAUACACAUGAGAACCCAUUCUGGAGAGAAACCAUAUGAAUGCAGUGAGUGUGGGAAAGCCUUCAUUUGGAAGUCACUACUCAUUGUACAUGAGCAAACUCAUGCAGUGAAAAACCCCUAUAAAUGCAGUCAAUGUGAGAAAUUCUUUAGUGGGAAAUUACGCCUUGUUGUUCAUCAGAGAAUGCACAUGAGGGAGAAACCGUAUGGAUGCAGUGAAUGUGAUAAAGCCUUCAUGAGGAAAUCUCAGCUCAUUGUGCAUCAGAGAACUCACUCAGGAGAGAAACCAUAUGGAUGCAAUGACUGUGGAAAGACCUUCUCUCAGAAAUCAAUUCUAAGUGCACAUCAGAGAACUCAUACAGGAGAGAAACCCUGUAAAUGCACUGAGUGUGGGAAGGCCUUUUGUUGGAAGUCACAGCUCAUUAUGCAUCAGAGAACUCACACAGUUGAGAAACGUAUUAGUUAAAUGUGAGAAACUGUCUCCAAAGUCAAUCAGGAAACUAUAAAUGGAUUCAUCUCAUUACACACCAGGAAGCUUAAACUGAACAGAAAGAAACCUUAUGAAUGCAGGGAAUAUACAAGGGCCAUCCAGAGAAACCUAUUCUUUACAUAUAAACACAAAGUGUAGAAACUAUGAGUACAGUAAAAAUGAGGCAGUCUAGCUUAUAUCUUGUUUAACAUCGGGAGUUUCACAUAGGAAUUCUAUUGUGUGAAUAUGGAAAGUUUUAGCAGGUCAUAACUUUUACCAAUUUAAACAGGUGAGGAACCAUGUGAAUGAAAUAAUUGUUGGAAAGUCACAAUUAAGUAUAAAAAUCAAAAGGAGGAAACUCACUAAAGCAAAGGAAUAUAGAAUAGACUCUCUUGAAACACAGUGUAUUAAAGUAGGGUUUUAACGAGAGAAGCUGUAGAGCCAAUGAACGGCAAAAUUAUUAAAAUUGCACUUCAAAAGCUCAUACUUUGGACAAACUAUGCUGAAAAUUUGGAAAAUCCUUCAUCUAGAAAUGACAAACCUAUCCCCCCAAAUUAUUAACUUCUGAAAGAAGACCUAUGAAUGUAUCAUGUGAGGCAAAGCCUUCAGCAGGAAGUUCACCUUACCAUAUACCUGAUUUUGUCUGGAAAUACUGUUUUGCUUAAUUUGGAAAAAUAGUUGUCUUUACCAUUUUUUUUCAAAGAAAAUCAUGCUCCAGAUGUUCCAGACUUUUAGGAAAUAUUAGAAAACCAGCUUAUGAAUGUGGAGGCACAUUAAAGAUAUUUUAAGUGCGUGAGAAAAUGUAAUAGGAUAAAAGUAAAUAUCCUAAGAUCUACAGUACAUAUGCAGUACAUAAUGUGGAAUUUGCAUACUUUGACAUUUUACUUUUGAAUGCAACAUAUGACACUUGGGUUGUAGAUACACGAACAUUAAUUUCUACUGUGAAUACCUGUUUGCUUCUUAACAAAUGAUUCAUCACUAGUAUGGCUUAUUGAAAAUACAUUUCAACAGUACAAAAAUUUUCUGUUGUUUUCCAGUUUAUGUAAGUGGUACUGGAAGCUACCAAUUAAUAGAAAUAAGUACAGUAUACAUUUCAUGUGUUUGUGUAUCUUGGAACCUAUUCUACCCCCACUGGUUAGAACAUCUUGAUUUUCUCUAAGGAAAAUAAUCCCUCACAAUGUUUGUAGUCAUGAUGAGACCAUCAUUCAUUGUGCCCUGUGAUGAAAUAGAGCUAUCUUAGAGGAAUCUGAGAACUCAACACUGCAGGUAUUUCUGAAAUAUUGUUCACUUUGUAUGUUCACUUUGUCCUUUUUCCUGGAAGAGGGAAUCCCAUGUCUUACCUAAAGAAACUGUUACUUACUGGAAAGAGGAAUUUAAUGAUUUCCAAAUGCCUAAUCUUUUCUGUGUUGAGCCCGUUACACAGAAUCAAAUCUGAAGAUACCUGGAGUGAAGAGUGAUACUUUACAGAAUCAAAGAGAAAGCUUAUGCAAAGAGUUGCAUGUAUUUGCUAAAUUAUAUUCCCAAAAUAUAAUGAGAGAUAUUAUGGAAGUGUUUUGUCAUUGUUGUAACGAGGUUGAUAAACAUUUAAGAAGAAAUCUGUAUUUAUUGUACUGCUACUGAGAGUUAUAUUUUAAAGUUUACUGUGUUGUCUUAUGGAAAUCACGUGCAAAUUUGCUCUGUAAAAGCCAGAUGUUGUGAUAAUGUUGAGGUUAGAGAGGAGAAUGUUACACUGCUGGCCACCUUUCCAGCUGUCCUGUAGCACAAGGUAGAACUUCACCCAGUUCUUGUUGUUGAGAGCGGCCCAACAUUUCUGUUUGUGGUGGCUUUCCCUUGAGAACCAAGAGGGAAACGAGUUCACAACAGCCCAGGCAGAAUGAGAUAAGGUGGAUUUCCACUUAAGGUUGUAAUUCCAUUGUGUUUGCAGUAAAAAAAAUGUCAGUUUCAUUGAAUUAAAGUUUUAAUGCUUUUAACUCUCCUCUUCUUUUUCACUUAACUAUCGUGGACACCUUUCCAUGUUACAGUAUAAUCCAACCAAACCUUUUGCUGUUGAGUCUGUUACAACUCAUAGUGACCCUAUAGGAUGGAGUAUAAUUGCCCCAUAGAGUUUCCAAGAGUGCCUGGUGGAUUUGAACUGCCAACCUUUUGGUUAGCAGCUGAAGUUCUUAACCACCAUGCCACCAGGGUUCCUGACUUUUAAUCCCUGGCUAGGAGUUCAUUACUUGGGUGUGUACUGAUGAAUUGACAUGUCAGUGUCCUACACCCUGUACCUUUCUAAGAUGCCUCACGGAGCAGCCAUCGGUUGAGCCUUCAGAAAAAUUUCAAAGUACCCUUCUGGCAGCCCAGACCUGCCACAGCCUGCAGGGGGUGCCCUAGGGGGUAGGUCAUUAUUAUGGUUAUUAUUAGUUACGGUGGUUGUGGUCAUGACAUUGAAUGAAGUUUUUUGACUCAGGACUAGAGAUGAUGGGGGUUGCCUGCACACAUACACACUCUCGGGGCCCAGCCUUCUGCAUUCCCACCAGGUGCCUGCCCCUCAGAUGAGGCUCUGGAAAUUUUCCAAAUUCCCUUCUGGAGGCUGGGACAGGUCUGUGCCAACCUAAGGGUCUGUGGGAGGGUGUCCAUGGACCCCCUGAGCUGGCAGAGAAUUAGUCCACGUGGGGCCUGGAAACAACCUGAGGCUCUUGAAGACUUAGUACACUGAGAUGCCUGGGUACUGCUUGUGCUGGCAGGGCAGUGGGUCAGGGAAUGAGGAAGAAAUGGUGUCAUAACAUGUCUGCCAAAUUGGCCUAGCCUCCAUAAGGCCAUUGUGUGAAUCAUAACAAAGUAUGGAUAACAUUGUGAAGAAUGAUCAUUCCAGAGCUCUUAAUUGUGCUCAUGAGGAACCUGUACGUAGAUCAAGAGGUAGCCAUUGAAACAAGGAGACGCUGCGUGCUUUAAAGUCAGAAAAGGUGUACAUCAAGGUUGUAUCCUUUCACCAUACAUAGUCAGCCUGUAUGGUGAGCAAAUAAUCCGAGAAGCUGGAUGAUAGAAGAACGGGGCAUCAGGAUUGGAGGGAGACUCAUUAACAACCUGCAGAUGACACAACCUUGCUGAAAGUGAAGAGGACUUGCACUUACUGAUGAAGAUCAAAGACCACAGCCUUCGGUGUAUACCUCAACAUAAAAAUCCUCACAGCUGGACCAAUAAGCAACCUCAUGAUAAAAGAUUGAAGUCAAAAAUUUCAUUUUGCUUGGAUCCACAAUCGGCAGCCACAGAAGCAGCAGUCAAGAAAUCAAAAGAUGGGCCAGAGGCGGAGCCAAAAUGGCGGAAUAGAUGCUUCCGGCGAGCCCUCUUUACAACAAAGACCCGAAAAACGAAGUGAAACGAAUAUAUUUGUGACAAGCUGGGAGCCCUGAGCAUUAAAAGCAAGCUUAGACAACGAACUGAGGAGCAGGGGAAGAAAAGACCGUUCAGAAGUGGAGAGGAGUUACCGGACCUGAAUCGCGGGGAGCCUUCAGGCACCAUUCCCGGAGCGGCAGUGGUGGGAUGGUACUAGCGUCCGGCCGCAGUUUCCUCGGAGAAGCAGCCAGCCACACAGCCUACUCACACCUUUGGAACCUGAGGAGAAUGGCUCUUUCGGCAAAAGCUAAGUAUUUGCAUAUAUUUUACUGCACCCCCGCACCCCCAAGCCAGCUUCAGUGGCUGAAUCCUGGGCCUGAGAUAGACUCUGGUGAGCACCUAGAGCCAUCCUCCCAGCCUUGGGGAAGAAAAAAAUUUGCGACUGGGGGGAAAAGAUAAUUUGCUAGCUCCAUUAACCAGGGGAGCUCAGGACAGAAGCAGUUCCUGUCUAGGCAUAAACCGUCCGUGGACCUCGAGCACCUUUCCCUUCUGCAUGGACCUGUGUGGUCCUAUUUUGGGAGAAUAGGCCCUUGUUGGCAAACUCCAACCGUUUCAGCUGUGCGGUGCAGAGGUGGGUGUUUGACGUUGGACAUUGCCUAUUAAACAAGGUCCUCACCCACAAAAGCGACCUAAGGACUGGUAGCUCCACUCAGGUCACCCAGCCACGCAUGACAGGGUUUCAAAGAUAACUGGUACCUCCCAGUGCUUACAACCAAAAACUUUGGGUGCCCAUGAUCCCUCUGCAGAACUCACCCACCAGCACACUCUAGGGAACAGAGAUGCAUUUUCCUCAGAGACACUUGGGUGUCGGUUCUCAGCCCCCUGCCUUGUUCAGACCGUGACCCCUUGCUGCAGUCAGAUAGUGGUAUAUAUGCCAAUCACCCCUGCUCCUCUAAGACUGUAGGAUAGACCCUGUACUGCACACUUGAUGAUAACCUACCUGGGAACUUGAGCUGAAUUCAUGCAAGAAAAGUGAAUGGACUCCUAGACUGAUAUACCUGAUAACAGCUCUAGCUGGCUGGGGACAGGACAUCAGAGCUCCAAAGGCAAAAAUAAUCAAGCUAGCUCACUGAAGCAACCCAUAGGGGCAUACCAAAACAAAACAAAACUGUUAAAUAUGAAGGUGAGAUUAAGACAUUUCUAAAUAAGCGUAAGUUUAGGGAAUUCAUAGAAACCAAACCAAAACUACAAGAAAUACUAAAGGGAGUUCUUUGGUUAGAAAAUCAAUAAUACCAGGUAUCAACCCAAGACUAGAACGCUGGGCAGAGCAACCAGAAAUCAACCCAGAUAGGGAAAUCUAAAAAACAAAGCAAGAUUCUAAAAAAAAAAAAAGCCCAAAACAGGGUAACAGC